GUCAGAGCCCAACUCCUGGUCUGGGAGAGCGAGGAGCCUGCUUCUCUCUGGAGCAGAGUCUGUCUGUGGCCACAGCCUCCUGCAGUGUGUGAGGGAGACUCCGCUUAUUUUUCCAGCUGUUUCAGCCAAACACUCCCAGCUUUCGUGGCCACCUCCCCAGGCAAGGCUCAGGGCCCCCAUCUGCUGAGGGAGCAGAGCCAUGAAGAAGUGGCACAUGGCGGUGCUGGCCCUGGUGGCUGUGUCCCUCGUGCUCCUCAUCAUCGGCCUCUGCUUCUGGCUGCCCGCGGCCUCCAAGACGCACAACCACGUGUACCCCAGGGCAGCUGUGGCCGCAGACGCCAAGCACUGCUCGGAGAUUGGGAGGGACAUACUGCAGGACGGCGGCUCGGCGGUGGACGCUGCCAUCGCGGCCCUGCUGUGCGUGGGGCUCAUGAACGCCCACAGUAUGGGCAUCGGGGGUGGCCUGUUCCUCACCAUCUACAACAGCACAACGAGAAAAGCCGAGGUCAUCAACGCCCGCGAGGUGGCCCCUGGGCUGGCCUCUGCCCACAUGUUCAACAGCUCGGAGCAGUCGGAGGAAGGCGGGCUGUCAGUGGCGGUUCCCGGCGAGAUUCGAGGCUAUGAGCUGGCACACAGGCGGCACGGGCGGCUGCCCUGGGCUCGUCUCUUCCAGCCCAGCAUCCAGCUGGCCCGCCAGGGCUUCCCUGUGGGGAAGGGCCUGGCAGCAGCCCUGGAGAGAAGCCGGGCUGCCAUUGAGCGGCAGCCUGCGUUGUGCGAGGUGUUCUGCCGGAAUGGGAAGGUGCUGCGGCAGGGGGACAGAGUGACCAUGCCACGGCUGGCCGACACGUACGAGACGCUGGCCUCCGAGGGCCCCCAGGCCUUCUACAACGGAAGCCUCACGGCCCAGAUUGUCAAGGACAUUCAGGCGGAGGGGGGCAUUAUGACAGCCAAGGACCUGAACAACUACCGUGCCGAGCUGAUAGAGGACCCGCUGAGCAUCAGCCUUGGGGACGCGAAGCUGUACGUGCCCAGUGCCCCACUCAGCGGGCCCGUGCUGGCCCUCAUCCUCAACAUCCUCAAGGGGUACAACUUCUCCCGGGCAAGUGUGGAGACGCCUGAGCAGAAGGGCCUGACCUACCACCGCAUUGUGGAGGCCUUCCGGUUUGCCUAUGCCAAGAGGACCCUGCUUGGGGACCCCAAGUUUGUCAAUGUGACUGAGGUGGUCCGCAACAUGAGCUCGGAGUUCUUUGCUGCCCAGCUUCGGGCCCGGAUCUCUGACAACACCACUCACCCGACCUCCUACUAUGAGCCUGAGUUCUACACGCCCAACGACGGCGGCACCGCGCACCUGUCCGUGGUCUCGGAGGACGGCAGUGCCGUGUCGGCCACCAGCACCAUCAACCUCUACUUUGGUGCCAAGGUGCGGUCGUCAGUCAGUGGAAUCCUGUUCAACGAUGAGAUGGAUGACUUCAGCUCCCCCAACAUCACCAACCAGUUUGGGGUACCCCCCUCACCAGCCAACUUCAUCAAGCCAGGAAAGCAACCGCUCUCAUCCAUGUGCCCGGCCAUCAUCGUGGGCCAGGACGGCCAGGUCCGCAUGGCAGUGGGCGCCUCUGGGGGCACGCAGAUCACCACAGCCACAGCGCUGGCCAUCAUCCACAGCCUGUGGUUUGGCUACGAUGUGACGCGUGCAGUAGAGGAGCCCCGACUGCACAACCAGCUCCUGCCCAAUGUCACGACGCUGGAGAAAGACAUUGACCAGGAGGUGGCCGCAGCCCUGAGGACCCGGCACCACGACACCCAGGUCACUUCCACCUACAUCGCUGUGGUGCAGGCCAUUGUUCGCACAUCCGAUGGCUGGGCGGCCGCCUCAGACCCCAGGAAAGGCGGGGAGCCUGCCGGCUACUGAGCCCUCAGGGUGCGCAGGCUGGGCAGCAGUCUAGGGAUGAGACGCCCACUGGGGCCAGGAGUGGGACUUUGAGGGCUGUGUUUCCCUGUGAGUGGAAAAACAGUGCAAUAAAUGCGGGCUGCAGGGCCAGGCUCUGGGCAGCCUUGCUGGCCUGGCUCCCAGCUCCCCGGCCUCAGCA